UAAAAGAAGAAAUGAAAUUUGGAGCCUGAGAUUGCAGGAGCGAAAAGCAGGUGUAUGGGGGCCAAAAAAAGCCCCAAAGCCAUGCGACGAAACACGAGUCACUGAGCAGCAGCCUUGCAAGCAGGGAAGGGGGUAGAACUUCAUGUCCACCUGGAUGGAGCCAUUAGGCCAGAAACAAUCUUACACUUUGGCAAGAAAAGGGGCAUUCCUCUCCCUGGCAGCACCGUCGAUGACCUCCUGAAGUACGUCAGCUACAAAACGCCCGUGACGCUUACCCAGUUUCUAGAGAAAUUCAAUCACUACAUGCCUGCCAUCGCGGGGGACCGCGAGGCGGUGAGGAGGAUCGCCUACGAGCUGGUGGAGUCCAAGGCCAAGGAAGGCAUCAUCUACAUGGAGGUGAGGUACAGCCCUCACCUCCUGGCCAACUCCAAGGUGGAGCCGAUUCCCUGGGGCCAUCAGGAGGGAGACCUCACUCCAGAUGAAGUUGUUAGCCUCGUUAAUCAGGGACUACAGGAUGGAGAAAGGGAUUUCCGCAUCAAAGUCAGGUCUAUUCUAUGCUGCAUGCGCCAUAUGCCAAGCUGGUCUCCGGAGGUGGUGGAGCUCUGUAAGAAGUAUCGAAACAGCUCUGUGGUAGCCAUAGACUUGGCUGGGGAUGAGUCGCUGAAGGUGGAUGCUUCUUCUGAGCAUACAAAAGCUUAUGAGGAAGCUGAAAGAUGCGGCAUUCAUCGAACUGUCCAUGCUGGGGAGGCUGGACCAGCUGCUAUGAUCAAGGAGGCUGUUUACCUCCUGAAGGCUGAGCGCAUUGGCCAUGGCUACCAUGUCCUGGAAGACCCUGAGCUUUAUAAGGAACUGUUGAGAACAAAGAUGCAUUUUGAGGUUUGCCCUUGGUCCAGUUAUCUUACCGGAGCAUGUCUUCCAGACUUUAGGAAACACCCAGUAGCACAAUUUAGGAAGGAUCAAGCUAACUAUUCCAUAAGCACCGAUGACCCCCUCAUCUUUAACUCCACUAUUGACAAGGAUUACAGCAUAGCAAAGGAGUACAUGGGCUUUACUGAAGAGGAGUUCAAGAGAGUGAACAUCAAUGCAGCUCAGUCCAGCUUCUUACCUGAGAAAGAAAAGCAGGAACUUCUCAAUACACUCUAUGAAGCCUAUGGGAUGGUCCCCAGUACAUCUUGAUGCAGCUCUGCCAGCCAGCACGGAGAAGUGGCCAUUCUUGGUUGACUCAUCUCUGUGCUGUUGGGAGCACCUGGGUGCCCAGAGUCAGUCUCUAUUACUGGUACCCCUGUAUUAACCUUUAUGGCCCUAAGCAGAAUCGGGCUACUAUCAUCUAUCCCACCUAUCACCCCCUACAUACUAUGUCUCUCGCAAAUGGAUAUCCGGCUCCCUAUAUUGCUGUUGUGCAAGCAGACUAAAACUGCUUCCUGGCCUGACUUCCCUUCAUCUGCCAAUUUAUCUGUAGAGUAAAUGAGAACAGAAGAACCUUCCCUGCUUUUUUUUUUUUUUCCCCUCAUGCCCUGCUUUAAUUUUAAUGCCCCAUUGACCUGCCUAAGCCCUUGUCUGCAGUACAAAAAUAACCACCUUGUGACUGUGGCCAGGGUUAACCUUUACGUUUCUAGGGAAAAGGUGAGUUAACCCUGAAAGGGAGUAAGCAGGUGGCUCAGAAACAGAGGUUUAUUCCCAGGGAUGCAGAUAGGAAAGUUUGGCCACAGCUGUAUUUACCUAUGCUUAGUCUUGUACUAACAAGCCCGGAUCAAGAACAAGCUAGAAGCCGGCACACUUACCGAUAAGUAGGUCUGAAGGGCAUUUAAAAAAAUACUUUUUUUUUUUUUUCUUUUUUGGCAUCCUGCCUUGGAUAAGGAGCUCUGUGUAUCAGGCCUUACAGUGUCACUGCUACAGAGGCACAAACCUUGGGCUUAAGCCUCCAGCUAUGCUCACAGCAGCCCAUGAACAUGCUCACGCAUGCAUAGGACAUUGGAGCAUUCUUUUACCAUUUGGGGCCGAAAGCUGCGUUCUGGGACUUCCCCCAGUCCCGUACUCAGCCUGGAGAAUUCCUGAGAGCUGCAUCCUGCUCUCCCUGUACCUUUGUUUAGCACUUACAAACCUGAUUGAUGCCUCUUUAACCAUGCUACCCUCUUCCUGACUUGAGGUAAUCUUUAGGCACCAUUAAAACUGAAUGAGUAAAUUAAUGAGCUAGGGCCCAAUAUCAAAUACUGACUCAGUUCUCAUCUCAGUUGCUUCUGUCGUGUAACCGCAGCACUGACGAGAAAUCAGAUCUUCAGUGUGGUGAAGAAUUUAUCAAGAAAUAUUCACCAAAAUUCCUAAGUGAGUUUGGUGCAUUAUAGUGUUUUCAAUUAAUAUGUAACAGAGCCACGCCUCCAGAGAAAAGCCUGUAAUAUUUCUACUGUCAAAGACCUCCUCAACAUGUUUGAGGGGGGAAUGUAGGUGUGUGGUGUGCUUUAAUAUCCCAGGUGUCUGCAAAGAUGCAUACUCCAAAGAUACUACACCAAAAGUUGCCUUUGACAAAGGGCUGUGGUCACCAUUACCACAGAUGGUAUCUGAGACUGACUGCUCCAGUCUCAACCAGCAGUGAUCUGCAGCUGGGAAUACUGCCAUUGUUUUGGGGCUUCCAUAUUUGUCUUCUAAGUGAGUGAAAUACUCAUCUCUGAAAUACAUGGUGCAUAUAUAUACCUAUAUGUAUAUAUAGAUAUGAGAGAGUGAAUUUGUUACUUUUAUAAAGCAAAUGAUAAGUCAUCGCUUUUAAGAAUGUGGUUGCUGUUAGACCCAGGUUUUUUGGAUAAUUUUUCUCCAAAAGUUGUUUCUGAAGAACAGUUGUUUGUUUGGAUUCUGGAUAGAUGAUUGUUAAUCCUGUUUAAUAAAAUAACAUAUUUCUAUUAAAA